UGCAAAGCCAUGAUGGUUUUCUUCCAGUACUGCGUCAUGGCCAACUUCUUCUGGCUCCUGGUGGAGGGGUUGUAUCUUCACACCCUGUUGGUCAUCUCCUUCUUUUCAGAGAGGAAGUACUUUUGGUGGUACAUCUUGAUUGGCUGGGGUGCCCCCUCCGUCUUCAUCACUGCUUGGACUAUUGUCAGGAUUUACUUUUUCGAUGUUGGGUGCUGGGAGGAAAUAGUGGAAUCCCCAUUCUGGUGGAUCAUUAAAACUCCUAUUUUGGUGUCUAUUUUGGUGAACUUCAUUCUCUUCAUUUGCAUCAUCCGUAUCUUAGUCCAGAAGUUGCAUUCCCCAGAUGUUGGGCACAAUGAAACCAGCCAAUAUUCGAGGCUGGCCAAGUCCACCUUGCUGCUGAUCCCUCUCUUUGGCAUUCACUACAUCAUGUUUGCUUUCUUCCCUGACAAUUUCAAAGCAGAAGUUAAGCUGGUCUUUGAGCUUGUGGUCGGGUCGUUCCAGGGAUUUGUGGUGGCUGUUCUCUACUGUUUUCUCAAUGGGGAGGUCCAAGCUGAGCUUAAGCGAAAGUGGCGGAGGUGGCAUCUGGAGCGGUUCCUGGGCUCGGACAUGAAGUAUCACCACCCUUCCUUAGGCAGCAAUGGCACCAACUUCAGCACCCAGAUCUCCAUGCUGACCAAGUGCUCACCAAAGACACGCCGGUGCUCUGGCUUCCAGGCCGAAUUCUCUCUGGUGUGAUGGGAAGAG